GUCGGCAGCGCGCGUGGCUAUCAUGGGAGUCUCAGCGUUGAUUUGAGGCAGCGCUUAAAAGAAGAACAUUUACUAGGAAAAACAAGUGAAAACAAAAAUGGAGAGCAGUAACACCGCAGGACUGAUACCCAGUCAGGGUGAAGUGGAUGAUAACAUGCAUUCGUCUGAACAUGAGAAACCCCCUGAAUUACCCGGUGAGAUUUCUAAGUCUGAAGCUGUACUGCAGGCCCAUGAUGUCUUACCUGAUCCAGAUGUACCAGGACUGAUUACGGGUGUGUCUAUGUCAGAGACUGUGGAGAAAGACUCUUCUUGCCAUGAAGUCGUAUCCGGGUCAGGAACAGCAGAGCUUACCCAGAAACAGGACGAGGAGAUGGAGACGUGCGUGCUCGAACAGAACCCAGAUCAGGGCUCGGAUGCUGACAAGAGGACCGUAGAGAAAGACAUAGUGAGUCCCCUCCUUGGAGGAGGAGGAUCGCUGGCCUUGUUGGGCAGGCAGUACAGGGACGAGAGCUCAGACGACCUCUCGGACAGUGAGUCAGAUUCAUCUUCAUCCACAUCCUCCUCGUCCUCUUCUUCCUCAUCUGACCUCGUCAUUACGGUUGAGCAGGAUGAAGACGAGGGUGUGGUUGCUUCUGGGAAAAAAACAGCACCAGUGAAAACUCAGGAUGAGCUGCUUAUUGAGGAACUUCCUGCAGUGGAAAAUCUGACCAUCAGUCUUCCUGAAGGCACCGACCUGGAGCCAGUUGGAGUCAUCUCGAGCAUUGUGGAUCAACUCGUUAUUGUCGAGUCUAAAAAGGACACUCAACCCCUGAAUGACGACAGUGUCCUAUUCACGAAGGACAGGGUGUCUAUCGGCAGGGUGUUUGAAGUGUUUGGUCCAGUGUGUCAGCCGUAUUAUAUCCUGAGAUUCAACUCUCAGGAGGACAUAGAACAGAAGGAGCUCAAAAUAAAGGAACCGGUUUACUUUGCCCCCAAAAUCAAAGACUUCACCGAGUACAUCUUUGUAGAACAGAUCAAACAAGCUAAAGGAUCUGAUGCUUCUUGGAAGAAUGACCAGGAGCCGCCACCUGAGGCUCUGGAUUUCAGUGAUGAUGAGAAGGAGAAAAUGGCCAAGCAGAAACUGAAGGCCCAGAGGAGACCACAGCAGCAGAAACAUGAAGAGUCCGACUCAGACAGUGAAUCCUCCGCCAAUAGACCUCCGCCUCCUCCAAGGAGAAAACCCAGGCAGAACAGGAACUCUCCACGCGGCCGGCCUGCGCAUCACGAGCACCAUGCUGGCUUCCACGCUAACUAUCACGCCAAUCCUCAUUUUCAACAGGAUUUCAUGCACCGACCUCCUCCCGACCCAUACAGACCCCCUUUCCAAGGGCGUGGGUACCCUCCUUACCCCCAAGCCCCACCUCCUAACAUGCUUAUAGAUCCCUGGCACCCCUGCCCUUACCCAGGACCCAUGUUCUAUCCUCCACCACCUCCACCUCCUCCAAACUAAAAGUAUUGUCUCCAAGCUGGACUGACUGAGAGAAGAAAUGACAUUUGAAUUUUUUUAUGUAAUUCUAUAAAGUCUUCAGAAAUAACAGUA